AUGCUGGUGAGAUCGCAUGGACGGAUUGAUCCCAAGCCCGUGACCACUUCUUUUUGGAAUGCACCCAUGUCUUCGAACUCCAUCAGAAUCCGUGACAGUUGGUGUGUCUCCGUCCGGUACAGAAACUUAUUGGAGCCAACCAAGACAGUGCUUUUAUCCUCCCAGACGAGUCUGUUACGGAUAAACAGAUCCCAGGUUGUCGAGGAAAUGUGA